GCUAAACCCAUCCAUGAAGUCAGCUGUAGGAUGCGUUUGAGGUAGUUCAUUGAAGGCUUCGUGGAGAUGAAUGUCCUGCUUCUCAAAGAGCCAAGGGAUGGAGAAUCAGGGCCAGAUCCCUACAUAAAGGAGCUGGCGGCACAUGGACUCAAAGCUACGCUCAUCCCAGUGCUCUCCUUUAAAUUUGUCUCACUAAACACACUUUCAGAUAAGAUUUUCCAGCCUGAAAAACAUGGCGGUCUGAUCUUCACCAGCCCCAGAGCAGUGGAGGCCGUGAGGAUGUGCGUGGACGAGAGGAAACAAGAAUGGGAGGCCUCUGUGAAGGAAAAGUGGAACUCCAAGUCUGUUUAUGUCGUUGGAAAAGCAACAGCUGCUUUAGUUGAAAAUCUGGGCUUGAAUCCUCUGGGAGAAGACACCGGAACAGCAGACGUCCUCUCAAAACUCAUCAUUGAAAGGGAAGACAAAAACAUCCCUCCUUUGUUUUUUCCAUGUGGUUCGAUCAAGAGAGAGGUCCUGCCCACAGCUUUGAAAGAAAACGGAGUCCCUCUGGAGACUCUAACAGUUUAUCAAACAGCUGAACAUCCAGAUCUGGAGAAAAACCUCAGGAAUUAUUUCACUGAGCAGGGCGUUCCUGCGAGUGUGGCGUUCUUCAGUCCCUCUGGAGUGAAGUUCUGUCUGGAGGUGGUGCGGAGGUUAUCAGGAGACCAGCUCGCCCACAUCAAAUUCGCCGCGAUCGGUCCGACCACAGAGGAGGCGAUGAGAGCGGAGGGUCUCACUGUGAACGCUGUGGCUGUGAAACCUACAGCGGAGCAUCUGAGCGCCGCCAUCCACAGAGUACUGCACAUUAGUUCAGAUGCUGAGAGACUUUUCCAUCAGAGGGAUCACUCGGAUCUGCAGAGUUUAAACCAGCACCAAGCCCAGCCAAUCACAGACCCCCACACUGCAGAGCUGUUCCUGUCCAAAUAUGGGUUCCUGAAGCCGGUGAACUGGGAGGAGUUCCUCCACGAAGAACCAGAUGAACCAGACUUUUCAUUUUUAGAGUUUAGCGAGUUAAACAUCGAGGAGGGCUUCGCUACGCCGCGCUCACGAGACGCUAACCUCCAAAACGACCAAAAACUACACGACCCACAAUUCAUCACUGCGCUCAGAGACUUCCAGAGGCUGUCCGGACUUCCCGUGACCGGAGUUUUUGAUGAAGCAACGAAAAAGGCGAUGAACCAGCCCAGAUGUGGAGUACCGGACAUAGAAGCUGAGAUCGCUGACCCAAGUCCCAACAACACGACGGACAAAAACAUGGACCAAACCAGUUCUGAAGUGACAGAAACUGGUCGAAACCCUGCAGUUCGUCGGAGGAAGCGCCAUCUUGCGACUGCGGUGUCCAAACGGCGUCGCAGCGGGAGAGACGUGGGCGUGGGUUACAUGGCGUUUUCGAAGACAGUCCUAAGAUGGCGGCUGAUCGGCGAGGGCUACAGCAGUCAGCUCUCGGUGGAGGAGCAGAGGUACGUGUUCAGACUCGCCUUCAGGAUGUGGAGCGAAGUCUGCCCCCUGGAGUUCAUCGAGGACACUGCAUCGCCGCUGGAGGAGGUCGACAUCCGGCUCGGGUUCGGGACGGGACGACACUUGGGCUGUAAGCAGCGUUUCGACGGCUCGGGCAGAGAGUUCGCUCACGCCUGGUUUUUAGGAGACAUCCAUUUUGACGACGACGAACAUUUCACUGGACCCAACGCGGGAAAAGGCAUCAGUCUGCUCAAGGUGGCGGUGCACGAGAUCGGCCAUGUUCUCGGGCUCCCUCACAUCCACAGACCCGGCUCCAUCAUGCAGCCCAGUUACCUGCCUCACGAGUCCAGCUUCGAGGUCGACUGGAUGGACCGUAAAGCCAUCCAGGACCUGUACGGUGGCUGUAGGGGGCGCUUCAACACGGUGUUUGACUGGAUCCGCCGAGAGAGGACGUCCUUCGGGGAGGUGGUCAUCAGGUUCAACACGUACUUCAUGAGGCAGGGCUGGUACUGGCUCUACGAGAACCGCAACAACAGAACGAGGUACGGGGACCCGGUGUCUCUGCAGAGCGGCUGGAGGGGGCUGCCUCUGGGCGGGGUCGACGCCUUCGUGCACGUGUGGAGCCGCACCAGCGACCACGUGUACUUCUUUAAAGGUUCUCAGUUCUGGAGGUACGACUCAGACCAGGACCAGGUCUUCAGGAGAGACCCAGAGGGAGUGACGUACCCCAGGCUCAUCUCAGAGGGGUUCCCCGGGGUCCCGUCCCCCAUCGACACGGCCGUGUUCGACCGCAGGGACGGGAACAUUUACUUCUUCAAGGGGGCGCUGGUGUAUCCGUUCAGUGUGGACUCCCGUCGCGUUGCCCGUGGUUACCCCAGACCCCUGCGCUCCGUGUUUCCUCCUCUCGACCCUCGGGACCACCCCGAGUCUCACCUGGACGCGGCGUACUUCUCCUACUCCCAUAAUGCACUGUUCCUGUUCAAAGACACCUCCUUCUGGCAGGUGGCGAGCGUCAGGGAGCGGAGGAGACGCCCGCACCUCCCGAAGAACUCGCUCCUGCCCCAGAGACAGAUCCACGAGCAGUGGUUUGACAUCUGCAACGUGCACCCCACCUCCCUCAAACUCAACCCCUGA